AUGGCGAAUCACGUGUUAGCGCUGAAAACGCGGGCAACGCGACGCGCCUCAGAUCUCUCUGACCCACUUCAAGUGUCAUCCCCGCUCUUUUCGGCUAGAACCUACUCCGUACCCACUGACAUUUUUGAUCUCCUUGAUCUGUGGGUCUAA